AUGCCAUCCAGCGAACGAGAAGUCAGUUCUUCCUUCUCCGCCAAAAGGAUCAACUCGACGACAUGCGUGAUCCAGGAAGAUGACGUCUUUCGAGAGCAUCCCCUCAUCUAUGUAAAAAUCCACCCGAAAGUUCCAAUCAUCAUACUGUCAGAUACUGGCUGCGAUGAGCCUAGCGAGGGGAAGAAGCAUGCCCGCUUUACACAGCUCCGGGACUACAUCGAAAACUGCCCAGUAACAUGCAACAACGACAAACCCAUGAACCCUCAUGGUGAGAGGCAGUACUACAUAAUCAGCACCCAUUGCCAUUAUGACCACCUUGGCGGCAUCACCCAAUUCCUCGCCGGCGGAACGACAGAAAUCAUCGCCUCCGCCGCGGGGCGAGAUUUCAUCGAAUCAGAUCUAGAAUCCCAUGGUCUCUUCAACCAUGUCAGGAAACCGGCUCCUUACUUCCAAGUCACCUACUGGGCUCCAGCUUUCGCACGACUCACUCAUCCUCUCAAACAUGCCAACGAAGAGAACCUCACUACUGCGAAACCCGUGGAUCUGGGUGUCACAAUCAUACAUACUCCAGGCCAUACCCCGGACGAACUAGCCUGGUAUGAUCACGACGAAAUGCAUCUCUAUAUCGGCGAUAGCUUUUACGAAGCUGGAGAGGAGGAAAUGCCGAUCGAAUGGCCCGUGGAUGGCAAUAUGAUAGAAUGGGUCUUUUCCAUGAGGAAGUUGAUCUCACUGGUUGAGUCUGAAAACUCUCGAGCUGCAAAGGGAGAAGCCGAAGAUGAAGAUGGGUGGAUGCAAGUUGCACGCAGGGUGAGACUUGGUGCUGGGCAUCAAACUUAUGCUGCUGAUGCGAUGGAUCUCAUGGAGAGGUUGUGGGAUGUUUGGUGGAGGACUGUGAAGGGUGAGGUUCCUGUUUCGAGGAAACGGGUCCUGUGGGGUCAGGAAGUGUUGACUUGGAGGGAGAAUGACUUGAAGUCUGGGAUCUACUUUGAAGGUCCUGCGAGUUUGAUGGAGGAUACGAGGAGGUUUUUUGAGGGAGGCGGACCUUCUCGGGGUAGAAUGACUGAUUGA